GCAACUGGAAACAGCCAUUUCCUCCGCCCUCCGCUCUCUUCCUUUCUUCGGUUCUCAGGUCUUUCCAUUCAUCAUCACACAAAUAAAGCAAAAUCUUGGGAGAAAGUUCGCUGUUUUCUGGGUGGAAUCUCGCUCCAUUCGCCGCGAAAUCCAAUACCCGCCGUUAGCAUCUCCGCUCGUGUGCUGAUUAUAUAUGAUCUUCGAGGAUCUUGCGUGGAUUUCUCCGUCCUCUGCUGUUUCUGGGUCGAUUCUGGAAUCUCGUGCUUUGCUCCGAUGAUAAUGGUGGGCGGCGAGUCCUUUUCUUAGGGUUUACUUCUCUCUUUUUUUCUUUUCAUAUUCGAAUCAUCGUCUUCUUCCCCAGUUUGGUUGGGAUUGGGAUUCCUAUUAUUGGAUGGGAGUUUCAUCUUUGCCAAAUUUCCUAUCGGUGGAGAUAGAGGAAAAAAAGUCGUGAUUUUUCAUCUGUGUAGAGUCUGUGUUUCUGCACUUUUUGUAGGGUUGGGGAAAUAGUUUUCAUUUUUCCAUGUAAAUCGAAAACCCCUUGAUUUCAUAAAAGCGAAUAUUUCUCGGAAAAGACAGAAACUUUGAUUCAGAAUGUAAGAAUGGACUUCUGGGUUUUGAAACUUGUCUGGUGAACUCUCCGUUUCUGCUCGAGUUCACUCUGAUUGAAGCAGGUCUCUCUCUCUCUCUCUCUCUCUCUCUCUCUCUCUCUCUCUCUCUCUCUCUCUCUCUUUGUGGAAAAAAGAUGGAUCGAAAACCAGGAGAAGAAGAGGAAGCUGGUGGUGUGAAACCACCGAACCGAACAGGGAAAACGGAGGGAAUUCAAAGCGGUGAAGCGGGUAAUAAUCCAAGAGGGAAAGCUGUCGACAACAACAGCGAGAAAGAGAUGAUCUUUAGGGCGGACAAGAUCGAUCUGAAGAGCUUGGACAUGCAGCUGGAGAAACAUCUGAGUAGGGUUUGGUCGAGGAACAUUGAGAAUAACCAGAGGCCUAAAGAGGAAUGGGAGAUCGAUCUGGCCAAGUUGGAGAUGAGACACGUCAUCGCUCGUGGCGCCUACGGCACUGUCUACAGAGGCUUCUACGAUAACCAAGAAGUUGCCGUGAAAGUGCUUGAUUGGGGAGAAGAUGGUUACGCCACGGAUGCAGAGACAGCAGCUCUUAGGGAUUCGUUCUGCCAAGAGGUCGCUGUCUGGCACAAACUCGACCACCCUAAUGUCACUAAGUUUGUCGGGGCGUCGAUGGGAACUAGGAAUCUGAAGAUACCUUCGUCGGACGAGCAAUCAUUGCCCGCCCGAGCGUGUUGCGUCGUUGUCGAGUAUCUUCCCGGUGGAACUCUUAAACAGUUUCUGAUCCGUAACAGACGCAAGAAACUUGCUUACAAGCUCGUCAUCCAACUAGCUCUCGAUCUCUCCCGAGGGCUAAGCUAUCUGCAUUCGAAGAAGAUCGUUCAUCGUGACGUGAAGACGGAGAAUAUGCUUCUGGACAAUAGUAGGAACCUGAAAAUAGCCGAUUUCGGAGUUGCUCGUGUGGAAGCUCAGAAUCCAAAGGACAUGACUGGUGAAACUGGCACUCUUGGUUACAUGGCUCCUGAGGUUCUGGACGGGAAGCCCUACAACAGAAGAUGCGACGUUUACAGCUUCGGGAUAUGCCUUUGGGAAAUCUACUGCUGUGACAUGCCUUAUGCUGAUCUUAGCUUCGUCCAUGUCUCUUCCGCCGUUGUCCGACAGAACCUGAGACCAGAUAUUCCAAGAUGCUGUCCGACGGCAUUAGCCAACAUCAUGAAGAGGUGUUGGGACGGAAAACCGGAGAAGAGACCGGACAUGGAAGAGGUGGUUCGGAUGCUGGAAGGUCUCGAUACCACAAAAGGCGGCGGUAUGAUCCCCGACGAUCAGAUCUCCGGCUGCUUCUGCUUCGCCGCCUCUCACGGCCCCUGAAUUUCCCUUUUUUACCCCUCCUCUCUUCUGUUUCUUGUUCCUCAAGAAACUUUUGGGAUUCUCUUAAAAAAUUGAAUUGUGUGAGUUUGAUGAUAAGUUUCAUCUGUGUUGGUUUAUUGUUCGACCGCAUUAUCUGAUCUGAUGACAUCCCUUUACUCAAUGGAUAGAGCCCAAAAUUUUAUUUCAA